CAGACCACACUCGACCUACGACCACAUUGAUCUCUCGUUGAUCCUCAUAUCCUCAGACCACACUCGCCAUAAGGAGACUCUAAAAUGUGUCCGUAUACGCAAAGUAAGAUCGUUUUACAGCUGAUCCAAUAACCAUCCAUAUAAAAUAUCUCCCGCUCUUACUCUCUAUCUCUGUCUGAAAAUUUUUUGAGUGCAACAGUCCAUCUCUUCUCCACUUGCCCUUCAUCAAUCGACAAUCUCUAACAAAUUCACAGUGCCUCUUCUUCUCAACUCUCACGAUCUCUGAACUUUGUCACCAACAGUCAACUCUCCCUCUCUUUCAGUUGCAUUCUCAUGCUUUUGUUGUCACGUUCUUGUUCUCAUGAUCAAUCGAUUGAUCUUUCACUCUCAUCCUCACUCUAUCUCAAACAAUCAGAUGAGGAUAGAGAUAUGGGAAUCCACUCUCCCGUCCUGAUCUUCUUCCCUCACAUCCCAGACAAUCUUGAUGUGGCGAACUCGCUUAAAAGAUUAGCAUCUCGGUCUUCUUAGACGAUCAUAAGGUGAUUUCAAACCAUUGUUUUACUGAAUAUGUACAUUUUUUUAAAAGGCCCAACUUAAAUUGAUUGUGUAUGUACAUUUUUUUAAAAGCAAAACUUUAAUAACAAAGGAUCUGUGUUUUUUGUUUUUUUUUUCUUGCCUUCAAACUGUUUGAUAAAAUGUCUGUUAGGCUUCUCAAAAUUCUAAGCCACAAGCCUAACCCAUUAAUGGGUUCCAUCAAUUUUUUUGGUUUUCUAUUUCUCUUCUUCUACCUUGAGUUCACUCUGUUUCUUUAGCCACCCAUGAAUUGUUGGUUUGGGAAGUUGUUAUGGCUUUUCCAUUUGGAGGUCAUUGGAAUGACUUUUUUGAUGUGUAGAAUAUGUGUAAAAUCCCAGAAUUGGGGAUAAUUGUGUUAGUUUGAAGUGUUUCUUUGCUUUAAAUUACUUUACAAUGCACUUGUUUAACCUAUCAAUGGUGUAUUACUCAAGUAGGUUUAGGAAAUAAUAUUGAAACCACACUACUAACUCUUGUUGAAACUGGUAAGAGAUUCUGUAUUCUUUUGACUCCAUAUGCAGCUUUCUGUAAAGGAAUGUUGUACUGAGGUUGCACAGUGUGCAUUUGUUGUUGAUAAGAUCUUAGAAAUUACAUCUGAAGGUUCAUCUGCUAAGUGCUCUUAUGGCAAUAUUGAUGUUCUUUACCGGAGGCAGGUGUCAGGAAAAGUGUUUCAAGCAGCUUUCCGAGACAGGAAAAUACCAUUCAACAUUCAUGGUGUGGCCUUCUAUAGAAAAAAGGUAGUCAGAGCCAUAAUUGCUAUGCUUAGAACAACGUUGCCUGGUUGUGAUGAUUGUUCUUUUUGCCGAGUGUUCAAGGCUUUACAGCCUUUUGACAAAGAAGAGAAGAAAAAGGAAGAAGCAGCGUUUCAUUUCCCAAAUCAGAAACACAUCCCAAGAUGAGGUAAAUG